GGUAUCAGUAGGCAUAUCGAUUGGAGUACGAAAAUCAGAUAAGGGAAAAUAAAAGCGAAAAUUGUAACACAAACUCGUUAAUGUAACGAUUUUCGUCGUCGGACGGAGUCUCGUAGUUUUCCCGUCGCAGCGCGCGCGUUUUCCGUCGUGUCAAGGUGAAGUUCAACUCUAUUUUCAGUUUUUCAGCGUUUCUAACCUUCCAAGACGCGUCUGCCGCGAUUUCGGGACAAAUUUCGGGUAUAAAAUAUGAGAUAGCGAUACGAAAGAAACGAUGGGCAACAAAUUUGAUAAAUUUCGGCUGCUCAUGUGGAAGAACUGGCUCCUCCAGUACAGGAAACCACUGCAGACAAUCAUAGAAAUAAUCGCACCAGUGCUAUUCUCCAUAAUACUAGUGGUUAUAAGGAGUUUGGUGGAUCCGAAACCACGCGGUCCCGUGGAAUUCCAGCCGUUUUGCACGUUGCCCAUUCCCAUAGCGUUAUGUUCUAGACAAGGGGAACAGAACGAUUUGAAUUUGAGGGAUGUCACGAACUUCGGUCUCGUGUACUCGCCCAAAAAUACAGCGUUGGAUAGGGCGAUGAACCCUUUGAGGUUGUGGGGCAUCGACGUGGCGGCCCUGCAAAACGCCCAAGAGCUCGAAAAUUAUUUCGUCACUCACAGCGCUAACACGACCUUCGCUGGAUUGCAAUUCAGCGACGACAUAGCUAACAGCGAUCACUUACCUGAUCGCCUGAGCCUCGCUAUACGUUUUCCCUCGGAACUUCGGUCCGGAGGCUCGAGCUAUGGCGUAAACAGCCAAAACUGGUUGACCAACUUGGUGUAUCCGAUUUUCCAGACAGCUGGCCCUCGGUCCCCCAAUUCUAGCACGGGAGCGACGCCAUAUUAUUAUCGCGAGGGCUUCCUGGGUCUGCAGCAUAUCACCAGUUUGCUGAUAAUCUUGGAACGUUUGAACGUGUCUCUAACCGAUUUUUCGGAACUAGCGGCUGCCUUGCCGCCAUAUUUACCGCUAAUUACGAUGCGAAGAUUUCCUCACGCUUCGUGGUACGACGACAUGCUUCUUACCGCUUUGGAAUCCUUUGUCGGGAUGAUAAUAAUGUUGAGUUUCGUCUACACUUGCAUCAACACCGUCAAGACCAUCACGCAAGAAAAAGAGAAGCAGUUGAAAGAAGCGAUGAAAAUAAUGGGUUUACCGGGCUGGCUCCACUGGACGGCCUGGUUCGCCAAGUCCUUGUGCUACCUGCUGAUAUCGAUCGUUUUGAUGGUGAUCCUUCUGAAAGUCAAAUGGUACAGCAACACCGACAGUACCGUUUUUACAUUCGCGAAUCCGUCGCUGAUGUUCAUUUUUCUGUUCUUUUACAUCUGCGCGACGAUCACGUUUUGCUUCGUAGUCAGCGUCUUUUUCUCGAAGGCAAACACGGCCGCCACCAUAGCGGGUCUCGCCUGGUUUAUAACUUACGCCCCGUACUUGUUCAUGGCCCAAAACUACGACACGCUGUCUUACUCCUCCAAGGUGAUAGCCAGUUUCGCUUCGAACUCGGCGAUGGCUUUCGGCUUCCAGUUGAUGAUACGAUUCGAGGGAACUGGAGACGGAGUGCAGUGGAGCAACCUGUGGAGCCCCGUGACUCCCGACGACGAUCUAACCCUUGGAUUCUUGACGGUGAUGCUUGCCGUCGACUCGGUGCUAUAUCUCUUGAUAGCUCUCUACAUCGAAGCUGUUUUCCCCGGCGAAUAUGGCGUGCCUCAGCCCUGGUACUUCCCGUUCACUUCGAGCUUUUGGUGCGGACGAUCUAAUCAGACAGCUGUGGAAGACUUCGCCGACGAGGCGGUCAACGAAAAAGAAUAUUUCGAAAAGGAACCGCGAAAUCUCCACGCCGGUAUCAAAAUUCGUAACCUGCGCAAAGCGUUCGGUCAGAAAGCUGCGGUGAGGAAUCUGUCGUUAAACAUGUACGAGGGACAGAUCACCGUUCUCUUGGGCCACAACGGUGCCGGAAAAACGACCACCAUGUCGAUGCUGACCGGGAUGAUCACGCCUUCGAGCGGUACCGCGGUGGUCGGCGGGUACGACAUCAGAACCAACAUGGACGGAGUGAGGGAGAGUCUGGGGUUGUGCCCGCAACACAAUAUCAUCUUCGACGAGCUGACCGUCGCCGAACACUUGUACUUUUUCAGUAAACUGAAAGGAGUCAAGGAGAAGGACACCAAGGAGGAAAUUGACAGAUACGUUGAACUUCUCGAGCUCCAACCCAAGAGAAACGAAAAAUCAACCACGCUAUCUGGCGGCAUGAAGAGGAAGUUGUGCGUCGGCAUCGCGUUGUGCGGAAACUCGAAGGUGGUGAUGCUGGACGAGCCCACUGCCGGAAUGGACCCUUCUGCGAGAAGAGCGUUGUGGGACUUGCUGCUCAACCAAAAAACGGGUACUUUCACGAUGGCCGCGUGGUGGUGUUUUUUUUUUGUAACGCGUUCUAUUCUUGUAGGAAGGACGGUGCUGCUGACUACCCAUUUUAUGGACGAGGCGGAUCUGCUGGGAGAUAGGAUCGCUAUCAUGGCCGGUGGCGAAUUGCAGUGCUGCGGCUCUUCUUUCUUCCUGAAGAAGAAGUUCGGUGCCGGGUACCAUCUGAUCAUGGACAAAUCCGCCGACUGCGAUCCUAUGCGGGUCACCGAAGUACUGAGGAGACACAUUCCGAACAUCGAAAUCGAGAGCAACAUUGGAUCAGAAUUGACGUACUUGUUGUCGGAAAAUCAGUCGUACGUGUUCGAACCGAUGCUGAGGGAUCUGGAGACAAAAACUACCGAACUGGGUGUGAACAGUUACGGUAUAUCGCUGACGACUCUGGAAGAGGUGUUUAUGAAGGUCGGCGCGGAUCACGGACAAGAGGAAAUGUACAAUAACGAAGUGCAGAACGGAACAAUCGAGAACGGGAACUACCAUUUAUCGAGUCCCGAUGGUCCUCAAACGAAAGUGGAAAUUGGAUCGAACGCUCACACGACCCACUUCGAACUAGUGAGAAAUCAGUUCAAGGCCAUGUUCAUCAAGAAAAUAUUGUCGACACUAAGAUCGUGGAUAUUGUCGUUGAUCCAGAUCGCCAUUCCCAUGAUAUUCCUCAUAAUCACGAUGGCCGUGAGCAAAAACAGCGGCGCGAACCUCGACCUACCCCCCAUGGCUCUGGAUCUGGACAGGUUUUCCGGAUCGAUAAGUUUGAUCGAAGUAAAUUCGCAAAAUGCCCUCGUUAAGCGAUAUGCUAACGCUUAUCAAGACGUAGUGGGGUCGACCACUGAAACGGUGCGAAGUAUCCGGGAGUCCAUGAUGAAUCUGACAAGAGACGUACCCAAUUUGGUGAGGCGUCACUACGUAAUAGGCGCCUCGCUCGGCGACUCGUCCGUUUCGAAUGACAAUUACACGUUCGGACCGGAUUUUACGGCGUAUUUCAAUAACGACCCCUACCACACCCCCGCCAUCGCGCUGGCCCACGCUUUGAACACGAUGUACAGGGUGAUGCUGAACUGCACCGACUGCGGGAUAGAUUUUGUUAAUUAUCCGUUACCGUUCAGCCUACAAACGCAAGUUUUCCGUUUGUCAAGCGGCGAAAACAUGGGUUUUCAGUUGGCUUUCAACGUGGCGUUCAGCAUGGCGUUCGUCUCGUCGUUCUACAUCAUCUUCAUUGUGCGGGAACGCGUCAGCAAGGCGAAGCAUUUGCAGUUCGUCUCGGGUGUCAAAGUUUACGUGUUUUGGAUCACCCACUUGAUCUGCGACCUUCUGACGUAUUUCAUAACGAUCGCGGUAUAUUUGGUGACGCUCGUUUGUUUCCAAGAGGGCGGCUUCAAAACUUUCAGCGAAAUAGGACGAAUGUUCGUUAUUUUGCUGUACUUUGGUUGGGCGAUGUUGCCAUUCAUCUACUUCGCCGGUUUUUGCUUCGAAGUCCCAUCUACCGGUUUCACCCGAAUGACCCUCUUCAGUAUAUUCACCGGUUGCGCCGCGUUUUUGAUCGUCCAGGUAUUGAACACGGACGGGUUGGAUCUGGAAUACGUGGGCAGAAUCCUCGAUUGGAUAUUCCUAGUGAUUCCGCAUUAUUCGCUUGCCACUGGCAUUCGAGACUCCUACACGCUUUACAGUUACAACUAUAUCUGCGACUUCUUUUACGACACUUGCAGGCAAACCAUCCCGAACGCGACCAACGAGGAAUGUCUCAAUGAAUCGCCUGAGAUAAGAGCAUAUUGUGAAGGCCUCGACAGUAAUUAUUUCAAAUGGGACACGCCCGGUAUCGGUCGUAACCUCACUUAUUCCUUCACCGUCGGCACCGUCUUGUUCGCCGUUCUUCUCGUCGUCGCGUACCAGGUGUUUUCCAAAAUUAUCUACAGAGUGACGCAAAAAUAUUCCUCCAAACACCCGAAACCCGUCCCUGACGAGGACGAUGACGUGGCUAACGAGAAAAACAAAAUAUCGGGCACGCCGCAGGACGAACUGCUCCGCAAGUACACCCUGGUGUUGAAAGAUCUCACCAAGUACUACAAGAACCACGUCGCCGUUAACGGAUUAUCUUUGGGCAUAAACCGGUACGAGUGCUUCGGCCUCUUGGGGGUUAACGGAGCCGGUAAAACCACCACGUUCAAAAUGAUGACGGGGGAUGUUCGGAUUACGUACGGUGACGCCUGGAUCGACAGCUUCAGCGUGAAAAACGACAUCGAAAACGUACAGAAACGGGUCGGAUACUGUCCCCAGUUCGACGCCCUCCUCGACGACCUCACGGCAAGGGAAACUCUAAAAAUAUUCGGGUUGUUGAGGGGUCUGCGGUCGGACGAGUGCAAUUUUGUAGCGGAACAUUUGGCCCGCGAGUUCGACUUCUUCAGACACCUGGACAAGAAAGUCAAAGAGCUGAGUGGCGGCAACAAGAGGAAGCUGAGUACGUCCCUCGCCCUCAUCGGCAAUCCGCCGGUUUUGUACUUCGACGAGCCGACCACAGGUAUGGAUCCGGCAACCAAGAGGUAUCUAUGGAACGCCCUCUGCAAAGUGAGGGACAGCGGCAAGUGCAUAGUUCUGACGUCGCACAGCAUGGAAGAAUGCGAGGCUCUCUGUACGAGGCUGGCGAUAAUGGUGAACGGAAACUUCAAGUGCUUGGGAUCGACGCAGCAUUUGAAGAGCAAGUUCGCCGAGGGGUACACGAUAACGAUCAAAAUCAAGAAACCCGAAAACAGCGCCGCAGACGAACAUUCAAACACCGAACAAAUCGAGAGGUUUAUCAGGGACAAUUUCAGAAGUGCGGUGCUAAGGGAGAAACACGAAGAACUGCUGACUUAUUAUGUCACGGACAGGGAUAUACCGUGGUCCAGAAUGUUUGGUAUUUUGGAGGAGGGGAAGAGGAGGGACUUAAACAUUGAGGAUUAUUCACUGGGACAAAGCAGUUUGGAGCAGGUAUUCCUUACGUUCACCAAACACCAAGUCUAAACCAUCAGUAUUCAGUGCCUUGGACGGAAUGUGAUAAUAACGUGCAAUAAGUUUCGUCGAGUGUCGAAAUCAUGGCUGUCGGCUGACGAGUUCUUCUAAUUGGCAUAACUUUUAUUUAAUGACGAUGUGAUAGGUCGGAUUGUUUCGCGUUUCAACAAAAUGGAAAUAAAUAUUUUUUUGUA